UUGAUUCUUGGUAUUAAUGUAGGUGCAUGUGGUUCCUGCACAUAUGUUUCGAAAGGUCAUUAGUAUCACGAAAUCACACUGCAAACUUGGGCUUACAGCUACGCUUGUCAGAGAAGACGAGAGAAUUACAGAUUUGAACUUUCUUAUUGGUCCAAAGUUGUAUGAAGCAAAUUGGUUGGAUUUAGUGAAAGGAGGAUUUAUUGCAAAUGUGCAAUGUGCUGAGGUGUGGUGUCCAAUGACUAAGGAGUUCUUUGCUGAAUAUCUGAAAAAAGAAAAUUCAAAGAAGCGGCAAGCACUUUAUGUGAUGAACCCAAACAAGUUCAGGGCUUGCGAGUUUCUUAUCCGUUUUCAUGAGCAGCAGCGUGGGGACAAGAUAAUUGUAUUUGCGGACAAUCUUUUUGCACUUACAGAGUAUGCGAUGAAGCUUCGCAAACCUAUGAUUUAUGGUGCUACCAGCCAUGUUGAAAGAACAAAAAUUCUUGAGGCAUUUAAAACAAGCAAGGAAGUUAACACCGUAUUCCUAUCCAAGGUCGGUGAUAACUCCAUUGAUAUUCCUGAGGCGAAUGUUAUAAUUCAAAUUUCGUCACAUGCUGGUUCAAGACGACAAGAAGCUCAACGUCUAGGGCGUAUUCUCAGGGCCAAGGGGCGCCAUCAAGAUAGGGUGGCAGGAGGUAAAGAGGAGUAUAAUGCGUUCUUUUACUCCCUUGUGUCAACAGAUACCCAGGAAAUGUACUACUCAACCAAAAGGCAGCAAUUCUUGAUUGAUCAAGGUUAUAGCUUUAAGGUGAUCACAAGCUUGCCACCUCCUGAUUCUGGGCCUGAGUUAAGCUAUCACCGUCUUGAUGACCAGCUUCAACUUCUUGGAAAGGUAUUGAAUGCUGGCGAUGAUGCGGUCGGCUUGGAGCAGCUAGACGAAGAUGCAGAUGAUAUAGCUCUUCAAAAAGCCCGUCGCUACGUGGGUUCUAUGAGUGCCAUGUCAGGAGCAAAAGGGAUGGUUUAUAUGGAAUACAACACUGGAAAGAAGCAGGGAGGCCUUAUUAAAAGCAAGCCUAAAGAUCCAGCCAAGAGACAUCAGUUAUUCAAAAAACGCUUUGGUUGAUUCAUCCAUGAGGGGGUGGUCAAACGAAUCCUUUAUUUCAAUUCUGCUUUAUCUGGUCAAAUAAGAGCCUUGGUGUAACCGGUAAAGUUGUUGCCAUGUGACCAGGAGGUCACGGGUUAGAGGAUGUUUCUCGAGUCAUGGAAACAGCAUCUUGCAUAAAUGCAAGGUAAGGCUGCGUACAAUAGACCCUUGUGGUCCGGCCCUUCCCCGGAUCCCGCACAUAACGGGAGCAUAGUGCUCCGGACUGCACUUUUUUUUUUUUUUUUUUUUUUUUCUGAUCGUUGUUAUUGAGCAUUUCUUCUGCAGUUUUUUUUUGGAAGUAGCCGUGCCAAUGGAUAUGUUGGCCAAUAAACAAUUGUAGGAGCAUAAUUUACAUGCUAGAGUUCUUACGUUCUCGUAUUAACAUCAAGCUGUAUAUCUUCAGGUUUGAGAGGUGUAUUUCUUCACAGAUUCAUUUUUAUCGUUAGUUGUUAAAGUUCUAGGAUUCAACUUG